AUGGACGCUCAGCAGGCACGGGAGCAUCUCCGCCAGCACUACCUGUUCCCCUCAGACACCAAGGGCCUGCUAGAUGAAGAGGGUGACUCCAGGCCGGAAACCUCUGCAGCUGUUAAGAAAAAGGAGAAACCUCUUCCAAGACUUAAUAUCCAUUCUGGAUUCUGGAUUUUGGCAUCCAUUGUUGUUACUUAUUAUGUUGACUUCUUUAAAGCCAUUAAAGAAAACAUUCACACUAGUACUUGGUUUCUCUCUGGUGGUGCUUUGUUGCUUGUCAGUUUAUUGAUCACAUUUUACUGCCUACUCUAUCUGGAAUGGCAUUGUGGAGUUGAAGAUUAUGAUAUCAAGUAUACAACAUUGAUACCCAUUAUGACAGCUGCUUUUAUCACAGCAGAAAUUUGCUUCAAUAUUGCUUUAUGGCAUGUGUUGUCAUUUUUCACUCCUUUGUUAUUGUUUACCCAGUUUAUGAGGGUUAUAAUGUUUAUCUCACUCCUUGGAUGA